AUGCCAGCUGCACCUCUUGCAAAGCGCAUCAUCUUUCUGGAUGUCCAGUCAAGCAGAAAUUGGAAUCACCUUCAGAUGUUUAUUCAUAAAUGCCCGUGUCAUCCAUAUGUGGAUAGUCGUAUCCGUGGAGAUAUUAUGCGCAGGCAGAGAGCCCGAUGUUUACGGCUGAGACACACCUACCAUAGACACAUCUACUCAGACACACCUACCACAGACACACCCACUUCACACACACCUGCCACAGACACGUCUACUCCAGACACACCUACCACAAGCACAUCUACUCCAGACACACCUACCACAGACACAUCUACUCCAGACACACAUACCACAAGCACAUCUACUCCAGACACACCUACCACAGACACACCUACUUCACACACACCUACCACAGACACAUCUACUCCAGACACACCUACCACAGACACAUCUACUCCUGACACACCUACUUCACACACACCUACCACAGACACAUCUACUCCAGACACACCUACCACAGACACAUCUACUCCUGACACACCUACCGCAGACACAUCUACUCCAGACUCACCUACCACAGACACAUCUACUCCUGACACACCUACCGCAGACACAUCUACUCCAGACUCACCUACCACAGACACAUCUAAUUUAGACACACCUACCACAGACACACCUACUUCACACACACACCUACCACAGACACACCUACUUCACACACACACCUACCACAGACACACCUACUUCACACACACACCUACCACAGACAUAAUAUCUACUCCAGACUCACCUACCACAAGCACAUCUACCAGAGAUACAGCUUUGGCUGUUGUCGAGAUGCUACUGAAUUCAAUCUCCGCCCUCAGAAUACUCUUACUAAGACAUAUGUUUAUAUGA